AUGCAGGAGGCUUCCUGCUGCGAGCAGGAGGCCACCGCUGGCAAGGGCGUGUGCCUGACUAACUUUUUCCUGUGCCGCCACCCUCUACUGGAGGAGGGCGCGCCGGCGAUCCAGGACGAAACCACGGCGCUUAAGGCUACCAAGGCCAACCCCACGGCCAAGCAGCAGCGGCAGCCGAAGGGGCGGCGCGCCGCCUCGAAAGCGCAGCGGCGGCAGGAGCGCGAGGAGCGCCGGCAGGAGCGAGAGGAGCGUGAUCGGCUUGUCGACAAGACCGUGCGACGGGCGGACGUCGCCCGGACGCCUGCUGAGGUGGCACAGAUCCUCUCCCAGAUCCACCAGGACCCGGCCGCCCUGACUCACCUGGAUGACGAGGCGGCGCUCUGCAUGCGCGCGCCGCUGGAGACCACGCGCAAGCUGCUGCUGUGGCCGCCCUCGCGCCGGCGGAGCCGCAGACGCGGCGGCGGCGGCGGAGCGCGUGCGGCACGGCUGACGGCAGUUGAGGGGGCGCUGCUGCCGGCCCUGGGGGAUGAAUACGGGGCCGGCAUGUUUGUGUAUUGCGAAUCGGGAGUCGAAGAGCCGCUCGGCGCCACGGCUGCGUUCGCGGCUGCGGACGUGCUGCGCUCGCCGGCCCCACUGCCGCCCCCGCUGGCGCCCUCGGCGCCGAUCGACGAGGGCGGCGGAGAAGCAGCAGCCGCGGCGGCGGCCCCGGCGUCGCCGCGGGUGCUGGUGGUGGUGCGUGGCGGGGAGGAGGCCGUCCAGCGAUAUGCGGAAGAGCUGCGCGCGCGGCUCGCGCCCGCCGGCCUGCUCGCGGCGGCGCUGCCGCAGGACCACGCGCAGCAGGCGCGCGUCCUCGCGGUGCGGACGCUCAAUCUCUUCUCGAACGCUGUGGGCAGGCUGCGCCACCUGGCGAGGCAGGCGGACGGCACACUGGGGACAUCGGCGACGGAGCCCCAUGGGACUGCGGCCGCUGAGCCGCGCGGCGAGCAGAUGGAGGCACAUAAUGGUGGGGAUGGGCAGCAGGGAGUGACAGCUGCAUGGUCGGGCUCAUGUCGAGAGGAGGAGCAGCAGGGGCAGCAGGAGCAGCAGGAGGAGCAGGACCAGCAGCAGGAGGAGAAGGAGCAGCAGCAGGAGGAGCUACAGCAGCAGCAGCAGCAGCAGCAGCAGCAGCAGCAGCAGCAGCAGCAAGUGUCUGGGGAUGCGGAUGUACGCAAGACCGCCCAGGAGGCAUCACCGGCAACAGCAGCGGCAGCGGCAGCGGCAGCGGCGUGCGAGCAGUGGGCAUGGGACGGGGGCGCCAGCGCGCGCACCAAGUCCGACGCCUGGGCGCAGUGGCGCGGCUGCGGCGGCGACGACGCGUGCGCGGAGUGGGGGGCGGCGCAUGUGCUCGUGCUGUCCUCUGGCACCGCCAAGGCGCUGCGCACCGCCUGGCAGCGGACUCGCAAGAUCAGGUCAGUGUGCCGCGGCACAGGCGACAACGCGGACGCGCUGGCCCGGGCCGAGGCGGCCGCCGCCGCGGCGCAGGCCGAGCUGCUCCGGGGCUGCGCGCCGCUGCGGCUGCGGCUGGGGGCGCUGCGGUGGCUGGUCGCCGUCGAUGCCGGUGGCCAGGGGGCUGGUGGGGAGGGCAGCGUCAGCCAGGAGGCGGCGGCAGAGGGCGAGGAGGAUGAGGAGGAUGAGGAUGAGAUUGGGGAUGAGGGUGAGGAUGGGGGCGCCGACGGCGAUGAGCCAGGGAAGGCAGAGGCCCCGGGCGGGGCAAACGUCGCGCCCCCGCGGCAGGGCGCCGCGCCCGACCUGCGCAAAAGCUGCGAUCUGCUAUCGUCGGCCGCGUCCGAGGCGCGGCGCGGCGCGGCGGCGCGGGCGUCGGACGGCGCGGGGCCAGAGGGCGACGGCGACGGCGACGGCUCGGCGGCGGGCUAUGAUGAGGGCCUGCGGGUGGUGUAUGUGACGCAGACCCUGGAGUCAACGGGCUUCAAAUUCAGCGGCCUCAAAGUCACGUCGCAGGGCCAAUGGCUUGACGGCCUGGGGACGCUGUCGCUGGUCAAGGGGGCACCCACCCCGACGUGCCUGGCCUUCUAUCACCCGCCUGCAACCGCCGCGUCCGGCCAAAACCCCGCUCCCGCCGCCGGCGGCGGCGCCGGCGCCGGCGCCGGCGCCGCGCGGGCGCUGCGCUGCACGCUGCUGCCGCCGCUGGCGCCCCUGUUCUUGCGUGCGCCCGAGGACGUCCUCACGGGGGUGCGGCGCGCGCUGGAGCUGUGGGGCUGGAGUCUCUCCGCCGCCAGCAAAAGGGUCAGGCGGCCCCUGCCAGGCGUCCCCAGCCACGCCUCUCUCCUGCGGCAGUCCCUGCAGACCUGGCUGCUGCGCUGCCCUGAGGACGCUGACAUCAUCCACCACGGCUUCAUGCCGGGCCGCAGCAAGGAGUUCUACCCGGGCGGCGAGGGCCGUGCGGCCCUGUCACAGGUGGUGGAGCCGCUGGGGCUUUUUGCCAAGAUGUACGGCCCGGGCCAGGGGGUGCCGAGGGCGCGGGGCGCCGCGGUGGUGGUGUCCAAGCAGCGGCUGCCAGAUUACAGGUGA